GUAGCCAGGUUAACAUUACACUACUUCCUGUUUUGACAGGAAGCUGAGGGAUCUUUAAGUGAAGCAGCCCAGACAAAUAUCAGUGUUUUUGCAGCAAUAAAUUUGAGGGAGUUCCCUCUGAAUCAGGGAGAGUCUGCAUAUAAAAUGGUCUGCAGUUCUCUGCUUCGUAGGUCAGAAGCUUGUUUAUUCUGUCUCCAUGGCUACGUUCAGUCCCAACCAAAUCGUCCAAUUGGCAUGCAUUAGUCGACACCUCAGAAUUGUCAUUGUGCAAUAUUAUUUGUCUAUGAGAGGCUGUUUUGAAUAGAUCAGCUCUGGGUUAUCAACCAGUACCACACCAAUUCGCCCAAUUGGCAUGCAUUAGUCUCAGAGUUAUCAUUGGCCAAUGUAAUUUGGCUUUUUUAAAAUAGAUCAUCACUGGGUUAUGCAGAAGUGACAACAAAUGCUCUGUAUACCGCUUACGCAUGUUUAUUUUUUGCUUUUUUGUGAUAGGACUAGUUAUUGGGCCAUUAUUGAGAUUCUACAAAAUGUUCCAAAGAAGAAUUAAUAUUCAUUUAAGAAAGAAAUAGGGGAUUGGAUAAUGCAUCAGCUUAAUUAGGCCUACAUCAAUUAACGAUUUCAUAUUAACAAGACAUUCAAAACAGAUAAAGGGCAAUGACCAGAUAUCAUGUCGAGUUUCACUGCUUGAUCGGGACUGCUAGCCAGAUUUGCACGGACAGGUUUUAUUAACGUUCUGCAUUGUACACACUACAGAUGCUGCUGCCACUUGCGCCGCUGCCUCCUCCCCUGGAGGACUCAGCAGUACACUUCCUUCCUGUCCCAGCAUGCUCUCUGCUACCUCAGCCCCAGAGCAGGCUUCCAGGCUCCACAGCGGUCCUGCCGCAGAGGGGAUGCCAGAGAGGAAGGGUGUGGAGCCUGGAUCAGUGGUGGCUAUCAGUGCGCUAGAUACUGUCGGAGCCACACAGAGCCAGGCGACCCCUUCAAAGCGGCGGACCGUCCUGAGCAUCUCGCCCCCUCCGGAGGACCUGCUGGACGACAGUCGCAUGUCCUGCCAGGAUGAUGUGCUUCCCAACCAGGACUCGGAGCAGAGUAGCAGUAUGUGGAUGGACGACUCCGUGUCCAACUUUAGCAUGGGCAGCAGCAAUUCAUACAACGACAAUACUGAAGUGCCCAGAAAGUCUCGCAAGAGAACUCCUCGCCAGCGGCCGGGGCCAAAGCCUGCGGCCCGGGAAGAAGCCGGCAUGGAUGUGUUUGAUGCAGACAGCGCUAAAGCGCCACACUUUGUUCUUUCACAACUGGGUUCAGACGCCAAAGUCACACCCAAAGUGAGCUCCCUGGAAGUGUCAAACAAUCAGAAGGGGUGCAUUCUUUCCAUUCAAUACCCUCAGAAGAGCGAAGGGAAGGAGCUGAAGAUUUUGAUUCAGCCUGAGACGCAGCACAGAGCACGAUACCUCACGGAGGGAAGUAGGGGAUCUGUCAAAGACCGUACCCAGCAAGGAUUUCCUACAAUCAAAUUAGAGGGAGUCAGUGAACCAGUGGUGCUCCAAGUGUUUGUGGCUAAUGACGCUGGACGUGUGAAGCCUCAUGGGUUUUAUCAAGCCUGCAAAGUGACGGGGCGCAACACAACGGCCUGUAAGGAAGUGGAUAUCGAAGGGACCACAGUUAUUGAAGUAAACCUUGAGCCGACCAACUCUAUGACCCUAGCCGUGGACUGUGUUGGAAUCUUGAAGCUGAGGAAUGCCGAUGUUGAAGCUCGUAUAGGGGUUGCUGGCUCCAAAAAGAAGAGCACUCGAGCUCGUUUGGCCUUCAGAGUCAACAUCCCAAGACCUGAUGGAUCUGUCCUAACCCUCCAGGCCCUCUCCUCUCCUAUUUUAUGUACUCAACCAGCUGGAGUGCCUGAAAUCCUUAAGAAGAGUCUUCACAGUGGCUCUGUCGCAGGAGGAGAGGAAGUCUUUAUCAUUGGCAAGAACUUUCUCAAAGGAACCAAAGUUCUUUUUCAGGAAAAUUCUACAGAUGAAAGUGGCUGGCAGGCCGAAGCAGAAAUUGACAUGGAACUUUUUCAUCAGAAUCAUCUAGUGGUGAAGGUUCCCCCAUAUCAUGACCAGACAGUGACCUCCGCAGUGUCCGUUGGGAUUGCUGUAGUGACAAACGCAGGGAGAACACAUGAUCUACAGCCUUUUACCUACACUCCUCUAACAGAGAAGGUUGAAAUACCAGUGAAAUCAGAACUGCCAGUCACAGUCAAGGCUUGUACCUUUGAAGAGCAGAUAAAAGCAAUGCAAACUGAGACCAGUUGUCUAAACAAUGUCUUAAUGUUACCUAUGGUCAAACGAGAAGAACCUAUGGAAGUUUCCUGUAAUGCAGCACCUUCAGACAUUUUUAAGCCUGUAGAGGCCCUUAGUUCAACCCAACAAAUCUUGGAGAUAAGUACUGUCCUUCCCUCUGCCACCAAGUCUUUUCCAAGUCCUGUGGCUCUUCAACCCGUUGACUCAAAACAGCCAUCAGCUCAAAUAUUUACAACUCAAGAAACCUUAUCCACCAUACAGAAGCAGGACAUACCUUCACCUGCAUCGUUCCAAGUGUCCUUGUCGGAAGACACAACAGUUCUCCAGCCUGUUCCCCCUCAGGUCCCUCAGCAGUUCUUGCGGGAAACUCCAGAAACUUUGUCUCCAGAGGACAACAGUGCAGAUGGAAGUGGAAUGGUAUUGGUGGGCAUAGACUCUCGGAAUCCUCCAUCCCAGCGUCCACAAGUUCAGGCUCUUUUGCCCCAGGAUGGUGUUGCACAGCUAGAGAGAGCGGUAAGAGAGCUGCAAGCACAACAACAGCUAAAUUCUGUACUUUAUAGCCCGACACCAUCUGCAGAGAGCCUUCAGCAACACGUCCAGGAAAACAUGAACAGUUUAAGGUUGGGUGGAAAUGAGACAACUCUAACAAACCAGCUACAGCAGCAGCAAGAGCAGAAUAUAUUGGAGAAUCUGCAUCAUCAGCAACAGAAGGCACUUGUGGAUCUACAACAUCAACAGACAGUCCUUGAAAAUUUGCAACAACAUCAGAAGGUCUUGGAAAAUCUCCAGCAACAGGCUCUUGGCAACAUUCAGCAGCAGCAAACACACAAAGUUUUGGAGAAUCUACAGCAUCAACAGCAGCGCCAGAAAGUCAUGGAAAACAUUCAGCAACAAAGUUCUAUAGUGACUCUGCAGCAUCAAAAAGUUCUUGAUAAUCUUCAACAGCAGCAACAGCAUCAGAAAAAUUUAGAAACUCUUCAGCAUCAGGAAGUAAUAGAGAGCCUAAAGCAACAAUUACAGUCAGAGCUCUUGCAGACACAUAUUCCAAUGCAGUGCACGCCUAGCUUCUCUAAUGAACAGCAAAGCUCCACACAGACUAAUACUCUAGCGCAGCCCCCUGAAGGCUUCCUCCAGAACCCACCCCAGCAGCAGCAAACUACUCUUUUCCAACAGACAGGGGGUCUUAUGUCCAUUCAGACAUCAAGCUUUCUGCAGCAGCCAUCCUCUCAACCCUCACCUCCACAGCCUCUUUUUCAGAGUCAUAACCCUUUGACUGAAACGCAAGACUCGCAGACAGUACUCUUUGGAACCACAAAGUCGACACAAGUCCAAGCAACCUUAUUUCCUGGUACCAUGACAAUGCUAACAAGCACCAAUCUGCCUACAGAUCAGCAGGCUCCUUCAGCUAGCUUGUUUAUUGCGCAGAGUGUGUUGCCUGGCCAGCUAUCAUCGGAUAAUAACCCGAACCAGCAGCAGCAACAGAUAGCUUUCCUCACGCCCAUGCAGACAUCUGGAACAGAAGCUCAGACUGUCUCACUUUUUCAGGGACAAGCACAGUUGUCCACCCCAAUGGAACAACAACAGUCUCCCCAACAACAACAGAUGACAACACCCCAACAGGCCCCUCUUUUUCCAAAUAUUGCCACAAUAUCCCCAAAUCAAACACAGCCACCAACACAGACAGGCAUAUUGUUCUGUACCACAACCAUUAAUCCCCAUGAUCUGCCCCAGGCUCUGCUAUUCAGUGGCCAGAACCAAGCUUCACUAGCAAGUGACCGUCUCCCAGAGAAUAUCUUUCAGGAGCAGCAACCCAUGCAAGUUGUUCCCAGCUCUGAAAACAUUACUGUAAACAACCCUUCAAACCAACCCACCGCCUCCGCAGCCCAGCCAACUCCGAAUCCACCAAUUAUUUUUCCACAAGCCAGUGUUGUGAGUGUUUCCCAACAAGACUCGGCAGAGCCCAUGUCUUUUCAAGACCAGAGCGCCGUUGUGAGUGACUCGUCUGCCAGUAUGCCUUCAACACGGACAGAACUUUUUCAGGACCAGCAACCUAUGCAGGUUGUCCCCAGUGCCACCAGCGUAACCCCUGUCUCUCCUACAGACCAACCUUCUGUCAACAUUUUUUUGCCUCAGUCAGCCAUUUCAGCCCUGCAAGGUAGUGUAAGUGCUCAGGAGUUACCUACAACUGCCACAGCAGCCACCAUCUUUAGUGGACAGAGUGGUGUGGCAGUGGGCGGUCUCCAGAACACCACAUCUUCCGCCCCUCAGCAACCUCCCAGUCAACUCUUUCAGACAGCUAUUGGGGGAACUCUCAGCCAACCUGGACAGCCAGGACAAGCAGGCCUUUUUCUUUUUGAGAUUCCCAGUGAAUGUGGACCGCUAAUGAAUUCUCCUGGUCCGUCGUUGUCAGAUCAGCUUGUCACCAUGGGCCAUCCCGGUUCGGAUCAGACCCAGCUUCAAACUAGUGCACAGAUUCACCCCUUACUGGACCAGUCCAACAACCUUGAUGAUAAGAUAGACGAACUUCUGGAACGUUUUCAGGAGCAGGAAAAGACGCUUCCUAGGGAUUUCUUGGACCAUUAAAGAUAAGUAGUCUGAAACCUCAAUCCAGUAGACCCAACGUCCACACUGCUUGUUGAUGUUUCUUUACAUCUUGUGUCUUGUGUAGGUAUUAACUAAACUUGGGGGUUGUCUCAGUUGGGGGGUCUUCACUUGUAUCUAUGUUUCUGAAAGCUUGUAAUGUGUUGUUUUGGCGGGACAUGUUACGUAUGGAUGUCGUCACAGCUCCUUUCUCUUGAUGGACAUGAAAGGGUCCACUUCACUGAGGCCACUGUUUGGCAUGUCAACAUAUCAUGUGACCCAUUAAGCCAUUAAGUAUAUUGGCACUUUGCAUUGUGUUCUUGACUUCCACUUGAAUCUUGUCCAUUUAUUGCCAUCAUUCAUCUGUUUUCCAGUAGAAACCAACCUAGUACAACAUAAAUUCAAAAGCUCUCUGUUGCCGUUGAGAUACUAAUACAUUGUGAAUGAAUUUGAAAUAUUUAGCACUUUAGGGAGUUCCUACUGGAGAUUCUCCCUUUUAGCUUUGUAACCCAUGUGUGUCUACCUGGCUGUCAAAGCGUUUCAUGUUUUGAUAGUCAUAAUGCUUUUCUAAAAAUGUGUUUGUGUUUCAUUACUCUUUAGUGUCUCCUUUCAGAAUAUAGCCUAUUUUAUGAGCCAUGUUUAAUGUUUUAAGUGUUUGAAUGUUUGACAUGUCCAUCUAAUCUCUCCAUUUUCACAUAACAUUUAAAGUCAAGAUGCUCUAUGUAAAUCACUCCUCUCCUUCUCCUCUGUUUUAGGUUUAUUUAAUUUUAUUUAAAUGAUCAAGAGGUCCAACUUGUAGACAUGAAUUCCUAUCAGGGAUGUGAAAAUGUGCAACAUUGCCAUUGAGAUAUGUGAACAGAUUGUAUUAUCAUCCACCAGAGCGUCUACAAUGUGUUUGUUUAUGUGCUCCGCAGAAAGACGUGGAGCACAUUUGUACUAUAUAAGAUGCAGCUAUGUUCUUGAUUUUGAAUUAUAUGUGGUUCAUGGUGAUUAUUCAAAUAAGCACAAGCUUGGGAAGAGGAUUUGUUGCGGUGGUGCAUGCAAGGGAUAGUUCACCCAAAUAUGAAAAUCAAUUUUUACUCAUCUCUAUGCCGUUCCAAACUGGUAUGACCUUCUUUCAUCUGUGGUGCUCAAAAAACAUAAAUUGAGGGUAUUUUGCUUUAUGAGGAAUGCAGGAAUGAGAUCUGAGAGCUAUCAUGGAAAUUUUUGGUCUGUUCCUCACACACGGCAUCUGAAAACUUGGAAUAUUGUGCACUUGCUUUUUUAUGAGUUAGGUUUAGGUCAUUGAAUGCUUGUGUUGCAAAGGCACUGAAAACAUUCUUCAGAAUUGUGCCUUUUGUGUUUCACAGACGAAAGGCGGUCAUACAGAUUCUGAAUGGAAUGACAGGAGUGUGUGAGAAAAAUAAUGAUAGGAUAUUUAUUGCUGAUGUGAACUAUCACAGCUAUGGGGGUGUUUUUUGGGCAGCUUAAAAUGGAAGUUAGGUCCACAUUUCCUUGAGGUUUUAAGAAGGGAUUGGUUUGU